AUAUCAGCUUUUUAAGAAAGGAGAAUGCCUCAGUGAACAUACAGUAUGGUCUUUCCUUAAUCAUGAAACUGGCUAUCCAAAUGGUAUGAGGAGAGAUGCUGUUAUAAACCAGAUGGCAGCACUCUUUCCUAAUGGUACAGAUGAUUAUUGCGAGUGUAACAAGAGCUUUGAUCUACAUUACAGUGGAGGCCGGGAUAGGAGAGCUUGGGAUUGUGCAAGACAUUCCCAUAGUAACCCGUAUAGAAGUGCUAUAUCACAUUUCCUCGACCAAAUGAAUAUUGCUCAUUCAACGUCGCAGUCUUGUCAUUCGCAUACAGCUGUUUGGCAGGAACUUGCUGAGAUUGUAGAACACAACCAUGAUGGUCACGACUGUGCAGAGAACUUGAUAUGGCAUUUGUAUGACUCUGUACGCCAUCAAGGAGACCCAUGUUCUUGCCACGCCGUUUCUACGACUACAAAGACAACAAAGGCUGCAACACAACCUUCAACAGCAACUAUAAUGACGACAACAUCCGCAACAACAACUUCAUCACCUUUAACAACAAUAACCACCACUCAACCCGCAACAACAAACUCACCAUCGACAACAACAACAAUUACUUCAACAACACCGACCGUAACUUCAACCACAAGUCAAUCAACUGAAUGUUCUAAAAUCUGCACUGCCCUUGCACUAGUAAAAUUUAUAGGUAAUUAUCAGAGAAGCCAAACACCAAAUUUUACUUAUAAAAUUUAA